CACAGUAAACCCAAUAAUCACCAGUUUAAUCCGUUCUCCACCGUCCUUACUUGCUGCUCCUCCGAUCCUACUUCCUACUGCAUGUUCGGCGACUCCCGCCGCCGCGCCUCCGUCACCAUCUGCCACGAAUCGCCGUCCACCACUAUUUCAAUACAGCACAGAGAAAAUGAUAGGAGGUGCUCGAGUUCGACUGAAGGGAUGGCAGCAGGCUGCGGUCGCAGUUGGAUCAGCUGUGGGAGCGUUAUUGGAUCCACGAAGAGCUGAUCUGAUAGCUGCACUCGGGGAGACGACUGGAAAGCCUGCAUUCGAGAGGGUGCUUGAGAGGAUGAAGAUGAGUUCAGAAGGAAGGGCUGUACUAUUGGAUCGCCCUCGUGUUAUCUCAGCUAAUGUAGGCCAUGCAUGGGACCUACCACCCAACACAUUCGGUGCUGCAUAUGCAAAAUUCAUGGGAUCCAGGAAUUUCUCCCCCGAUGACAGGCCACCAGUCAGGUUCAUGGAAACAGACGAAAUAGCCUACGUGGCAACACGUGCGCGUGAGGUGCACGAUUUCUGGCACACCCUUUUUGGGCUGCCUACUAAUUUGAUCGGUGAAUCGGCUCUAAAGGUGAUAGAAUUCGAGCAGAUGCUGCUUCCCAUGUGUGCACUAUCGGUUGUAGGGGGUGCUGCUCGAUUCAGUGAUAAGCAGAGGAAAUUGUUCUACCAGCAUUAUUUUCCGUGGGCUCUUCGAGCAGGCAUGAGGUCCACUGAUUUGAUGUGUUUGUAUUAUGAACGGCAUUUUGACGAGGAUUUGGAAGAUGUUAGGCGGAGAUGGGGAAUUGUUCCUGCUCCUCCUCCUCCACACGCACCAUGAAAUUGAUGUAUGUUCACGCAUUUUCUUGAAAUUUGUUUUUGGGAUGUGGUAAUAAAACACAAACUUUUCUUGCAGAGGAUUUUAGAUCAAGUUCUAGCUAAAUCUUGUAUAGAAGUUUUACUUGUACGCAUAUUAAGGCAUUUUGUAAGCUUUUUAAACUUUGA